AUGCCGCCCCGCAAGCGCAAAGCCACAGCCAUCGCGCAUGACGACGACAAUUCCUCCCGACGUCGCUCAACGCGCGUCUCUUCAUCUUCUGCAAAGAAAAGCCACUACUUCGAAGGCGAUGAUGAUUCAGAGUCCGAAUCACCAGGAGCUUCCGCCGCCGCAAAGUCCAAAUCCAAUGCCAAAGCCAAAACCAAACCUACCGCAACCAAGGGUCAGCGAGGCCGACCAAAGAAGAAGGCCAAAGUAGAAGCCGAUCUCGACGAAGACGAAGACGAAGACGACGAAGAUGUCUACAAAGACUCACCAGAUGCAGAAGACGCCCAACACGACGAUCAAGAAGCUUCAGAAGAAGACGAAUCCGACUCCGCCUCCCCCAAAGUAACAUUCAUCCCCAUCCCCAAACUGCGCCCCCUCGCCGGCAUCCCUUACACCCCCAGCACAAUCCACCCCAACACCCUUCUCUUCCUGCGCGACCUCCGCGCAAACAACAAGCGUUCCUGGCUGAAACUGCACGACGCCGAGUACCGCCGCUCCCUUUCGGAUUGGGAAUCCUGGGCCAUGUCCCUGACGGACUCGAUAGUGUCAUCAGUCGACGAGACCAUUCCCGAGUUACCCUUUCGGGACAUCAAUUUCCGCAUCUACCGUGACAUCAGGUUCAGCAAAGAUCCGACUCCUUACAAGCCGCAUUAUUCAGCUUCGUGGUCGCGCACGGGACGGAAGGGUCCGUACGCGUGUUAUUAUGUCCAUUUGGAGCCGGGCAAGUGUUUUGUUGGUGGAGGAUUGUGGCAUCCUGAUGGCCCCGCGCUGGGGAGACUGAGGAGUAGUAUUGAUGAGAGGAGGGAGAGGUGGAGACGGGUGUUGAUGGAUGGGACGUUUGGAGAGAUGUUUCUUGGUGGUGCUGGGGAGAAGAAGAAGGGGGUGAAGAAGGGGCAAAAGGGGCAGAAGGGGAAGGGUAGAGGAGGGAAGAAGGGAAAGGGGAAGGGGAAGAAAUCUGGCGAGGAGGAGGAAGAAGAGGAAGAGGAAGAGGAAAAUGAUGGACUGGAUGAAGAGAGGGCUGUUAUCAAGGCGUUUUGUGCGGCUAAUGCUGGGAAUGCUUUGAAGACUAAACCCAAGGGCUUCAAUGCUGAACAUAGGGACAUAGAGCUGCUCAAGCUGCGCAACUUCACCGUGGGGAAGAAGCUGCCUGAUUCUGUCUUCACGUCAGAAGACGGGCAGGAGCAGGUGCUCAAUGUUAUCAGGGCUAUGGUUCCAUUCGUGACGCACCUUAAUCGCAUCGUCAUGCCUGAUCCUGGUGACGAUGACGAUUCGGAAGAGGAAGAGGCCUAA